AUGAAAAAGGCCGCAACAAAUUACCUUCAGGGUCGGUCCUCUCUGCAUGGUGAUGCCGAUAGAAAAAUACGAAUUCUUCAUAAUCGACUUUACAUUCAGCAGGCAGCUAACGGAAGACUCAUAACUGGAGGUUCUAGACAGUUCUUCGUCGAUGUUGCAUCCGCUAAAAUGGCCACCCGAUUAGACUUGGCAGCGGUCAUAUUUUCCAAAGAAACACUAAACAAAGAGGAUAGAGAGGAUGUUAUCAUCUUCCAAUCCCUCCACACUAUUUGGCUUUCGCUUGUCAAUACGGUCUCAAUAAAGCAUCCAGAUGGAUUGACCGCAAGAUUUGGGUGGCGCCCACUUGUGAUCGAAAAUACAAGAGAGUCCAUUUUAGAGAUCGAGCGAAACAGUCGCAAUAUGGGCAGAGGAAACUCAACGUCUAGUAUGCCAAAGGUCAAAGACAUGCAUACCUUGUGGCAAUGUCAGUACAUUUUGGGCAGGAGGCACAGGAAUUUCAAAGGAAACCCCAAAUUUGCAAAAUAUUCCGCUUGCGAGCUGCUGUAUUUCCAAAAGUUCUUUAGGCCUUCCCGCAUGCAAGACGGAAAGGCACAGCAUGAGAAGGAAAAUCAAAGUCAGCGGCACCGCCAUCAUCUAUCCUGA